AUGCCCAAACGAAAGUAUUGUGAACAUCCGACAAAACAUGCAAAUUCUACUCGCGUACCCAAAGAAGUAGUGUUUGUAUCGACACGUUUAUCCAUGUUUUUGAUUUUCCGAUAUGACGCUGCUGACGACCAAAUACGCUGGUUAUGCCCAAGAUGUCAUACAUUUGAAUGGAAUGAAAUGAUGAAUCGUUCAUCAAUGGAAUCAAGCGAUAAUGAGAGUCCCAUUGAAGAUGAAGCCUUGACAGAAGACUCUACUCUUUAUGAUGGGUAUGGGUGA